UUUCUUCAACAAUAACUAUUUUAACAGAGACGAAAGGAGUUUAAUUCAGAAUAACAUGACUAAAACGUGAGAAUACCUUUGUCACAUUUCUAUUUUUAAUUCAAGUGUGAGUGACCCUCGUUCAUUCUGAAACCACACCCGUGCUUGCAAUCGGGCACUAAUUAUUUUAGAUAGCCAAUUUUCUAUGGGCCCUCUGCAGUCGCAGGAAGCACUGCGAUGAUCUGCAGGAAACACUGAGAUCAAGACAAGCUACAGGUUUGAGGGGUUUUAAAGGUUCAACUGCUGCAUUCAGUUUAGUGACAGGAAAGAUCAAACACAUUGACAGGAAAUUAAAUUACACUCAGACUGAGAGAUAAAAACCUCUGAGGACGGAUUAUCAGCUGCAGCAGGAGAAAAGAACAAAAGAGAUAAAAGAGAGAGCGUGAGGAGAAACAGAAACAUGAAGGUUAAUAUGAAGUCAGAUCACAGACUCAUCACACUGACAUCUGAACGUGAAAUGCUUUCAGAGUUAUCAGUAAAUAUAAAGACAGUAACAUCAGGUUAUUACGUUUGUGGUGUUAAACUUUUUCCAUGAUGCUAGCACCUAAACAAAAUCCCGAGGAUACAUCCUCUGAGGACCACGAAUAUUCACUGCAUAGUUCAAAACAAUCUGCCCAACUGAGACUGUGACUUGAGAAGAGUUGUUAAGUGUGGAACUCUGUCCUGGUUCUAGAAGCACUUUACCCACUCUGUCUGUCUGCUGCUCUGUUUUAUUGUGUAAACAAAUAAAUCUAAAUCUGAUUUGUGUAUUAAAAGAGACUAAACAGCCUACUUUUACAGAAAACCACGGCUUUCUGUAAAGAAAACGAGUACAAGGUUCAACCCCUGUUAUUUUGCUCAACAAAAGAUCAUUUUGCUGUACAUCAGUUUGUUUCUCUAGGUUGUGAAAUCUUAGAACCUGGAUAUCUCAAAACCACCCAGAGAACAGAUCAAACCUCAUCUGGUGUGUGUGUGUGUUAGCUGCCGUUUUCUUUCUUUUUUGUUUUUCUGUCCUACAGGUUCCUGUCCAACACGUCUUUCUCCGGUCUCACAGGUCCAGUACGAGUCCACCAGAACAGGUCUCAGGUCCUCACCUCACAGCGUUUCCACAUCUGGAGCUUACGACGGGACGCGCUGGGUCAGCCCACCUGGGUGACGGUGGGCAGUUGGGAGGGAGGCCAGCUGCAGGUGGAGGACCAGGUAGUCUGGCAGGAGGCCAAACCUCGCCACACAACAGAUGGCAUGAGCGGGAGGACGAAGGGCCGCUGGAGGCCGGGGAUGCCGGUGGUGGGGAGUCGGGUUCGGGUGGUCACACUGGUAGAGCAUCCCUUCGUUUUCACAAGGGACGUGGACGAAGAGGGCAGCUGCCCAGCCGGACAGUACUGCCUGGACGCCAGCACCAACAGCUCGGAAACAUUGGAGAGAUUCUUCAGGGAGGUGGCCGGAGGGAACAGCAGCUUCCUGCCUGCAGAGCACAGCAAGUGUUGCUACGGUUACUGCAUCGACCUGCUGGAGAAACUGGCCGAGGACCUGGGCUUCGAGUUUGACCUUUACAUCGUAGGAGACGGAAAGUACGGAGCGUGGAAGGGGGGGCGCUGGACUGGGCUCGUGGGAGAUCUUCUGAACGGACUGGCAGACAUGGCCGUAACCUCCUUCAGUAUCAACUCCGCUCGGAGCCGAGUGAUUGACUUCACCUCGCCCUUCUUCUCCACCAGCCUGGGCAUCCUGGUGCGCAGUAAGGACACUGCGGCCCCCAUCGGAGCCUUCAUGUGGCCCCUGCACUGGUCCAUGUGGGUGGGCAUCUUCCUGGCGCUGCACAUCACAGCUCUCUUUCUCACACUGUACGAGUGGAAGAGUCCAUACGGCAUGACGCCUCACGGACGCAACAGGGUGAGGGUGUUCUCAUACUCGUCUGCUCUCAACCUGUGCUACGCCAUCCUGUUCGGACGCACCGUCUCCUCCAAGACGCCGAAGUGUUGGACAGGUCGGUUUCUGAUGAACCUGUGGGCCAUCUUCUGCCUGCUGGUGCUGUCCAGCUACACCGCCAACCUAGCAGCAGUCAUGGUGGGGGAGAAGACCUUCGAGGAGGUGUCAGGAAUCCACGACGCCAAGGUGAGACGAACAAAGUCCCUCAAAGUACUUUUAAAAGCUUUUCUUUCAAUUCCACAUGUGUCUGUCUUCCAGGGAAGCCAAGUAGAACCAAACUUUGUAUGUUUGAACUUCCACUUAAGCUGCAUUUAAUAACGUCACUCAAUACGCAGUUCAGAUCAAGUGACAUUUUUUGACGAGCCAGUAUUUCUCUGUAUGACACCGUGUGUAGACUGGACCAGAUAGUCGUAGCUGCAGCUCCGUCUGAGCAUAAAGCAGAAUGACAUGUUGUCAUAUGAACACUAGAACAGUGACAGACAACAUAUUAUAAUGCAAAUACAUCUUGAAAUGUAUAAUUCACUUAAAGCAGCAGUAUUGCUCAACGACUGGUAGCAUCUCUUGGUGACUCAUAGGGCCUUUUUUCUGUUGUCCCCAAUGAGGAGAGAGCGUAUACAUUAUAUUAUAUGACACUAUCGUUACAUUGGUGGGAGCAGAUCGGUCGGUCUCUUCUUGGUCUAACGUUAGAUUGAUGGGGACGAACUCAUCUAUACAAAGUCUGAAGCAGACAAAACAAACAGAUGACAGAACGGAGCUUUUGCCUCUGCUGACUCUGCAUUAUCAUUGAUGGUUAGUUCUCCUUUUACCUUUUCUGAAGAAACUCUCCAGUGACGUUUUAACUCACUUACUAAGCUAACAAAUACUAUUCAUAACACUGCUUCUGGUUCUGGUCCAUGGCCCGCUGCUCCACAACACCAGGAUUACCUCAUAAUUCAUUAUUCAGUGUUGGAAAUGUAACAGAAAUCAUAAACAUACUGAUGAAAAUGUCAGAUGUGUGUGUGUGUGUUGGCUUCAGUCUUUGCUGCUGAGCGGUGACUCGUUAUUCAUUUACUUUCUCAUUCCUGUCGUGAAAUAAUUACGCAUUAAAUCUCUUCUUUGGAUCACCUGCCUCGUCCUAAUUACACUUUUAAUUAUGCAGCUGAUUGAAGC